AGAGCCCGCCCCCUAGGCUCGCAUCCGGCAGUCUAUUGGUGGGCGCGGCGCAAUUUUCUACUUCUACUGGAGAGCGCAGUAGUCCGUCAAGCCCAGCGGGAACUUCUCUUUGGCCAGCGGGGACUUCAUUCAAUGAAGAGUCGGGAAGAGGAAGAAGGGGUGUGGCUUAGUGCUGUACAGGCCGUUACAGAUUAGAGGGGUUGGGCCUCUAGGGCUGUUCCGCCAUCUCAUUGGUAGAAGGAGGAGCCGCUCCCGCGGGAGGCUGGUAAUUGGCGGCGGCGAGCGUCUGUCAGGGGAGCGCGAGGCAGGAGUUGUGCGGUGGCCAGCCUGCGUGCUGCGGGUGGCCGGGAGAGGGCGCGAGGGAAGAUGGCGAGGGGUGUUAGGUUGCCCCGGAGCGGGACCCCCGCGGGGCAGGGGCAGGCUCUGCCUCACGGCUUGUACAGUGCCGUGCCCGUUGCCCCACGGGUGCAGGCGGGGGGUGCUGCUGCUCUGUGGCGCUACCUGCCCCCACGCUGUGGGGACGAGCGGGGCCCGUACUGUGGGCAGGAGGCUGAGGGAGAAACAGUGUGGUGAGCCGGCGGGUCGCUGGGGAGAGGGGAAGAUGUGAGGAAGGCAGAGGGCCUGGUGCCUUUUGUGAAGUAAAUCAACACUUUAAAAUAUUAAGUAGCAUGAAUUAGGUACGUCGGAUAAAGGUGAAAGAUGCAGUGGUGAGAAGGGGAGAAAAGAGUUAACGUUUUCCCUCAACGUGUUCUGAACCAGUGUUUUUUCUUCCCGUGGGAUCGACAGUUGCCACUGUGUGGGCAUUUUUUUUCCCCCCAGUGACAUUGGCAGACUUCAAAGUUGCUUCCAACCGUAUGCUUACAACAGAAACAGCUACACCCCGGGUUGUCAGCCAUGCUUGCAGCUUUGUCAGUCUGUAUCACAGAGAAACAGCAGAUGGAUUCAGUGUAUGAUCUGUGCCUUAAAAGAAAUCAGAUUUGCUGCUAUUCUGCUCUACCAGCCACAUCACCAGGGCAACAUGGCAUUCACAGGCAAAUAUGAAUUCGAAGGUGAUGAGAACUAUGAUGACUUUGUGACGAAGAUUGGUCUCCCCAGUGACAAGAUUGAAAUGGGAAGGAAUUGCAAAAUAAUCACUGAGGUGGUGCAGAAUGGAAAUGACUUCACCUGGACACAGCAUUUCCCAGGAGGCCGCACCACGACCAACACAUUCACAAUUGGCAAGGAAGCAGACAUGGAAACAAUGGGUGGGAGAAAAUUCAAGGCAACUGUUAAAAUGGAAGAUGGGAAAAUUGUAGCUGAUUUUCCCAACUAUCAUCAUACUGCAGAGAUUUCUGGAGGAAAGCUGGUAGAGAUUUCUACUGCUUCUGGUGCAGUCUACAAAAGGACCAGCAAAAAGAUUGCUUAAGGCAGUAAAGCCAGUCUCUUCCAGUGUACUGAAAACCAAACAAUAAAAAUAAAUAAAAGUGUUAAUUGUC